AAAAAAAAAAACAAAAAAAAAAACAAAUGGGUAAAAACGGAGAAGAUCGUGAAGGCGUCAUCAUGUCUGGGGACUUUUUCUGGUCAUACACCGAUGAACCCCACGCUUCUCGCCGUCGUCAGAUCCUCUCCAAAUACCCUCAAAUUAAGGAGCUUUUUGGUCCCGAUUAUUCCGCAUUCUUCAAGAUUAGUGCAGUUGUUUUGCUUCAGCUUGGUACUGCUAUUUUACUUAAGGAUGCAGGAUGGUUGAAGAUACUUCUAGUAGCUUAUUUUUUUGGCUCAUUUCUCAAUCACAAUCUCUUCUUGGCUAUUCAUGAACUCAGUCACAACCUGGCUUUCUCAACACCAGUCUACAACCGAUGGCUCGGGAUUUUCGCUAACCUCCCUAUCGGCGUACCAAUGUCCGUAACCUUCCAAAAGUAUCACUUGGAACACCACCGCUUCCAAGGUGUAGAUGGAAUUGAUAUGGAUAUCCCUAGUCUCGCUGAAGCACGCGUUGUAACAAAUAUUCUUGCGAAAACGAUUUGGGUCUUUCUACAGCUAUUCUUUUAUGCAUUCCGACCAUUGUUUCUUAAACCGAAACCACCAGGUUGUUGGGAAUUCAUCAACUUCUCUGUUCAGAUCGCCCUCGACGUGUCAAUGGUUUAUUUCUGGGGUUGGAAAUCCUUAGCAUACCUCAUACUCGCCACAUUUGUUGGUGGAGGGAUGCAUCCAAUGGCCGGUCACUUCAUUUCAGAGCAUUAUGUAUUCAAUCCUGAACAAGAGACAUAUUCUUACUAUGGACCUCUGAAUCUUCUCACAUGGCAUGUAGGUUACCACAACGAACACCAUGAUUUUCCAAGAAUCCCUGGAAACAAACUACACAAGGUGAAGGAGAUUGCUCCUGAGUAUUAUGAUAGUUUGUCAUGUUAUAAAUCUUGGAGUCAGGUUAUUUACAUGUAUAUUAUGGACAGAACAGUUGGACCUUAUAGCAGAAUGAAGAGAAAGCCUAGCAAAACUGAAUAGAUUCAUUUUUCUUUCCCCUUAUGUGAUGAUGUCUCUCAUCCUUCUUUAUGGAUAUUCUUUAUUACACUUUUGACAGUUUUAAAUGUAACAGAAGAAUGUACUGUAGUUUUUGACCCAGAUAGCAAGUCAUUUGUUCAUUAGUUUACAAUUGUGAUCAAUAUAUUGGUUUUGAUUUGAGCUUUCCUUUAUCAAUAUGUAUUUACACAUUUCACCAAAAAAUGUAAAAUCUACAAGCUAGAGCAAUGAUAGUAAUACAUUUGAUCUAA